AUGGAGAUUGAAAACGGAGAGUUAUGCUACUUCUGGUCUUCAAACUGGACUCCUUUCGGUAAAAUCUCCACUUUCCUGCACGAUCAAGCGCCAACACUGAUCGGUAUUCCGAGGGAUUCAACUGUUGAUGAGCUCUGGGAAAUCGAUCAUUGGGUACUACCUGCAGCAAGAUCAGACAAGCAGGUUCAGCUAUACUCUUUCCUGACCUCGCUUACUUUAUCAAACCAAUCAGACUCUAUGAUUUGGGCUCCAAGUGGCAACAAUGAAACUACCUACUGCACUAGAAGGAUCUACAAUCUAAUCAGAGAGCAGGGAGCAGAGGUUACCUGGUCCAAAGAGGUGUGGUUCUCAAGAGGUAUCCCUAAAUACAGCUUUCUCACUUGGCUAAUGGUGUUAAAUAGGUGUCCCACCAAAGAUCGUCUACUACAAUGGGGCCUCCAAACAGAUGGGACUUGCUCUUUAUCCAACAUGCAACUGGAGAGCAGAGACCAUCUGUUCUUUUACUGCGCUUAUUCUUGGGAAAUUUGGUUUGUUUUGGCGUCACGAUGCUCGAUCCCACCGUUAAGAAGCUGGGAGGCAACAAUCGCUCAACUUCAACACUUCGCCGGCAGGAAAGCUCACCGAUAUCUACUUCUUCUGGUCUGGCAGGCGACGAUUUAUCACUCUUGGCAGGAGAGGAAUAACCGCAUUCAUAGAAGCUCCUUCAAGUCCGCUGCAUCAAUCAUCUUCGAAUUAGACAAAGUGAUCAGACAGAGGAUUGCUAGUAUCAGGCAAUUGGACAUCGCCAUCGGCUCUGAGAUGUUCUCCCUUUGGUUCUCUACCUCCUAA